CAGUCCGCGAGAAACAUGGCUGCCGCGAGGAGACACAAACGCGUGGCAGCCUCGCAGCCGGGGUUUCUGCGUUUAAAACCAGAUCUCGACCACAGUGCCUCACGGAUUGGACACAAAAAACGCGUAAACAAAAAUAAGAAAAAGAACUGGAACAAGUAUAGUGAUAUUCAAGACGUCGAGGAGUUUUUAGAAGACGUGAGACUCCAGGAAAGAGCCACAGGAGGUCUUCUGUCUGACAAGUCUGAUGACGGCCUCUUCUUUGUGGACGUUGGUGAGCAGAAGGUUCGUCCAGACCCAGGUGCCGUUGAGAAGAAAGGUAAAGGGUUGAAGCCGCUACGGAUAGAUUUGAUCCUCCAGCCAGACUCCCAAGUCCCACCACCUAAGGAUAUCUUGGCCUACCAGCAGCCCAAUGCCAGGAAGCUGCGCCUUAUGGCCCAGAAGGCAGAGAAGCUGGCUGCCAUGGGCGUGUUGCCACGGCGAGAGAGGCUUCUCCAGCGCCGCAGGAUUCCUGGCAGCGAGAAGCCCGUCGCCAACAACGACCCUGCCAGGGCAUUCUAUGACCUGUGGCGUCCUGACCGACCGGACACAGCAGACCCAUACUACCUCGAACAGACCAAGAGGAGGCUGGUUAAGAGACCAGAGAAGCUGAACGUAAAGCCAUCCCUGCUCCCCGCGGUUGAAGUCGCAGCUCCCGGAGCCUCGUACAACCCAGACUUCACUUCUCACCAGGCUUUGCUGCUGGAGGCCCAUGAGACUGAGGUUGCGAAGUUGAAGGCUGAAGAGAAACUCGCCCGCCAGCUGGCCGUGAGGAAGGAGGACCUCGCUACUGAGGAGAGUGUGUUCAGAGAGCAAGUGGAAGGCCUGAUUGAGGAAGAGGAGGAGAAGCUAGAAGCAGAGGAAGAUGAUGAAGGCACCGCCGUCGGGCCAACCGCCCAGACGGAGAAAAAAACAGAGAAGCAGAGGAAGAGGGAGAAAGCAGACAGAGUGAAGGAGCUGCAGAAGAAAGCAGAGCGGAAGGCGAUUGACAGCCGGCAGCAGCUGUUCCAGCUGCGCACGAUUAGUGCAGAGCUGCGGAGGCGGGAACAGCAGACCAGCGUGAGGCGGACUCGACGCAAAGACCAGCAAGAGCGGGAGAAAGUACAGCCUCGCCGGCUAGGAAAGCUGAGGUUCCAGGCCCCUGAUCUGGACGUGCAGCUGAGCGAUGAACUCUCGGGCUCCCUCCGCACCCUCAAGCCAGAGGGCAGUAUCCUCAAAGAUCGCUUUAAGAGCUUACAGAAGAGGAAUCUGAUUGAGCCCAGAGAGAGAGCCAAGUUUAAGAGGAAGUUCAAGGUGAAAUAUGUGGAGAAGAGAGAGUUCAGAGAGAUCCAGUGACUUCACCUCUAUUACACGGGCACGGGAUCAGAGGUCAACACCAGUGCUGCUGCCUGGUCUAAGAUAUAAUCCCCUAGUCUCCAGGACUUCUCACUGAAUUUGUGUUCCUUCAGUGAAACCUUGUGGGUUAUGUAAUCCGGCUAAAAAGCCUGGACUACGUUUUCAGAUCCGUCAAAGUCCUGGGUUGAAGAGCUAAAUGCUAACGCACCUCGUGUAAAGACUAGGUUUUUGGUGGGUUUCAGUAGGAGCUGCAGGAAUACUGCGGCUCUCCCACAGGAUCAAGAUGGCUACCACAAUACAGACGGCAACGAAACCUUAACUGUAUGUGCUGAAUGUUUGGGUUUGGCAUUUUGUGGUGAUGAUUCUGUGAAUGGAACAUAUUUGAAUAAAAAGUCAUGUGUUUUGUAUGAA